GUACCAAUUGACAAAAGGGAGAGUUAGGUGCAGAUUUGGCAGAGAGAGACCCGACGUUCCACUUCAGGGCUGGUUCGUUUCCAUCGAGUUUCAUCCAAUAGACACGGGGGUUGUGUGCAAGAGGGUCGAGUUAGUGUGGAUUUUGACUGGUUUCAAGCAGACACGGGGAACCUGAGUUGUGUUCAUUGCGUUUGCAGUAUCUCAUUAAACGACACAAAUCAGUCAUGACUCUCAACCCGUAAUUGUGGCAGUUUUGGGGCCUUGUUAACGCCUACCAUCUUGCUAAAGCAGAAGUCUGAGCCUUACAAUACACUUUAGUGUGAAUCGAGUGCACAAAUAUAUCACGUGAGGGGCAGACAACGAUCGAGCUUUAAGUAAGGAGAGCAAGUCUAUUAAAACUAACCAUGUCGAUCUCCAAUGAGAACUACGAUGUGGGCGGAACAGGUGGAGCUCUUUUUGCCGAAAGCGGCCCCAAAAAGAUCCCCACCAAAGGAGCACAGGCACUUGGUGAUGAAUACAAGGCUCCUCCAGGGCUUCCCGGUUGGAAACAGCCCAGUUACGAUGAUGAUGACCGGGUGGAUCCAGCCUCUUUGAAAAAUCCAAUGUCGGGCCCGGCCGCCAGCAUCUUGUCCCGAUUCUUCCCCGAUCCCGUUGAUCAAAGCUUGGCCUUGGCCAAAUUUUUUUACUUCUUCUUCUUUGCCGCUUUUGGUUCAUUGCUGCCUUUGCUGGGUGUCUACUUCAAGCAACAAGGAAUGGAUGCCAGCCAAUGCGGUUUUCUUAUGGGAAUCCGGGCCAUCAUCGAGUACCUUGCCACUCCAUUUUGGAAUAAAAUGUCCGGCAGAUUCCAAAAGGGCAAAAUCAUGUUGCUGAUAGCGGUUGGCUCUUGGAUUGUGUUCACCUUGCCCAUUGGGUUUAUCCACCCUCCAGUGGUCUCGUGCAAGUACUUCAACGGUACCCAAUACCUCUUGAAGCUACCCAAGACUGAGGAGAGGACUAAACGAAGUGUGGAGGAUGCUUGGGACAAUUACCCAGAAUCCGAUUUAGACUGGCUGACUCCAGACACCGUGGAUGAACUACCUCGAGCCCUUCCCUUAGCCUCGGGUAUGAAUAAUUUGCGAAUGAAACGCGGAAUUUACGAUCACCGAUGGGCUCCUGGUUACGUCGUUGGAACCUCUCCCCAAGCCAUUAUGUUUACCUACAACUACAACGAGAAUAAGCACAAGGAAUGGGUCUCCCCUGCUUACAGUAAUGAAGUCUUUGAACGAGCCGGUGUGCAUAAGGUGUUCUUCCUCAUCACACUCCUAGUCAUCAUUGGAGAGUUCUUCAGUUCACCGGCAAUUGCGUUGGCAGAUUCGGCGGUCAUCACUCUGUUGGGCGAGCAACAUCAGGAUCGGUAUGGCAAACAGCGAAUGUGGGGGUCCAUUGGCUGGGCAGCCACAAUGUUCUUCAUGGGCAUGGUGCUGGACCACUCCCACUUUGAGCACUCCAAAUGCGACCCUCACGAUGGCCAAAAGAACUACCAUGUGUGCUUCUUCGUUUUCGCGUUCCUAAUGUUCUUGGCAUUUCUGGUGGCGACCCAGAUCCCGUUCCGUUACUCCGUGGUUCCCACUAACAACGUGCCAAUGACGACCAUGCCACAGCAACAACUAAAUGGAGAAGGGAAAUCGCAACAUCCGAAGAAGUCCGACCAGGGCGAGAGCCUCAAGAACAUGGCAGAGAAGACCAAGGUGUUUGCCAUGCAAUUGCGUUCCAUGCCAGAAUUCAACGCCGUGUUUAAGGCCAUGGCCAAUAUACGCCUCCUGACUUUUAUGCUCGUGGCUUGGAUCAUGGGCAUUGGAAUGGGUCUCAUUUUUACAUUUCUGUUCUGGCAUCUCCAAGAUUUCGGAGGUGGUCCCACUUUGUUCGGUAUUGCCUCAGUCAUCAAUCACAUAUCCGAAAUGGCAGCGUUUUUCUACAGCUUUAAAAUCAUCAACAAAUUCGGUCACAUUAAGGUUCUGGCAGCAGGGCUCUUGUGCAGCUGUAUUCGCUUCCUGUAUAUUUCGUUCAUCACGUGGCCGUGGCUAGUGCUGCCUUUCGAAUUCGUUCAAGGCAUCACCCACGCUGCCAUGUGGGCGGCCUGUUGUUCCUUUAUCACUCACAACACAGACGCGAAACUUCGAUCCUCUGCUCAAGGGUUCUUGCAGGGCAUUCACCACGGAUUUGGAAAGUUCUGCGGAGCCGUCUUUGGCGGCAUGCUUAUCAAAACCAAUGGAACCGUGGCUGUCUUCCGCGCUUAUGGAUUCACUUGUUUGGUCGUGUUGGUCAUCUUCAUUGCUGUCAAUUUCUAUAACCGAAGUGAAGGAGAAUUGAACGGAGACUUGUCCCAAGACUUUGAUCCUCGCACCGCCGAGAGUGUGGGUACUCAUCUGACUCCACAUGGUGUUCCAAGCGGUGGAAUGUCCCGAGCGCUCUCCAAUACCACCUUGGAGCAACCGAACAUGGAAACCGACACUUCCGCCCCCAAUUUGGGUGUUCCGGGAGCUGCCCAGAAUCCCUUUUUGGCUGAUGCCGCCAUGGCCGAUGCCAACAACCCCUUCAGCUACAAUGUUCAAGGACAACGGAUUGGUGGGGCCACAGAGAGCGAAGAUCAGUACUACGGCCGAGGCUACUCUCAAGCCCAAAGUGGAUAUUCCUCAAGUGGAUUCGGUCUCCAAUAGAUCAACCUUAGUUAACUUUUUUCAAUCGAUAUCCUUGAGGAUUUGCAAGCGUUUCUGUGUGACCUGUUGAAUGUUAAUCAAGUUACAAAUUUUGCCCCUAAAUCUGAAGGAAGAAAGCAGCCAACAAAUCAGCACCAUCUACGUGUACAAACAAGAAGAGACAUGUCAUUCACUCCACGAAGUACUUCCAUGGAGCCUUAAGGGUGGGCACUAUGGCAUGCACUGAUGUGAUCAAUCUGCUUGCGCCUCAUACUUUCAUGCCAGUACUGCCAAGUUUGAUCCAAGCUGGAUUUGCUUUUGGUCUUUGGUCAGAAAAUGUACGUUCCCUUGACCUAAAAAAUCCAGCUUGGAUCAAACUUGGCAGUACUGGUUUGAAAGUUUGAGGCGCAGGCAGAUUGAUCACAUCAGUGAUGGCAUGCCAUACCGGAAGAAGCAAGAAGCUUUCUCUCCGGGAUUUUCCAUGCUAUAUCCCACCCAACCUUCCCGUGUUAAAUCCUCUCCCUCCCAAAACUAAUCACCAGCUUCCCGCAAUUAUUGUCCACUCCCUCUCUCUUCGUCAAAUGAUGAACUAGAAAACAUAUCAUUCCAACCUUCUUUCUUGGUAUCCUCCCUCUUCUCUUUCCUUGAUGAUGAGAUGUUGUUCCGGCUUUAUCUGAUGAUCAUCCCUUGUGUGAAUCCCUAGACAGAGUUCAAUCCAAACCGCAUCGUUGUCAUCAGCUUUCUAUCAAGGAUCUCAAAAAGCAUCAGUCGAAUUGAUCAUUCAAGCUGGUUCAUGGUUAAUACGUCAAACCGGCAAAAACAGCCAGAAGACUACUUACUAUCACUCACUUUGUCAGUCAAUCAGUCAUUGGACUCCCUGCACGCAUGGAAGACGUCAAAAAGCCUUUGAUCCAGUCUAUCUUCUUCAAAUCGUUUCUCGUUUCCUCGCUACACUGUAGAAACAUAUCCGCACUCUGCCCGCCUUCCUAGCUUGGUGUGUAAAUAGACAAAAGCAAAAAUAUGACUUCAUUUUCAAAAAUAUCUUGUUGCGAUCUUCGAGUGUCAGAAUGAGCCUAUAAUUGGAAUUAUGAUGCUUAUGAUAAAUAUUACUAUGAUUAGUAUUGCUAAAAUAAUGAUG